AUGUAUUACUAUCAGCAUUCCCUUAUAUGUAUCAUUUUGUGUUUUAGGUGUCUUUUAAGCUUGGCACUAUCUUUACAAGUAAUCCAAUUUGGAAAUGCCUGUAAGGGGGAGAACUGUGAUGAUAACCCAGACCAGAAAAAUCCAAAUACUUCCUUAACCACCUUUAAUGAUAUAAAUAAUCUCAAUUCUGAGAGGAGAAGGAGGAACCCCUCUGAAGUCUUACCUUUCACUGGGCUUACAGAUGCCAGCAAACUGAACAGAAGCUGCUGUCAGAAUGGAGGGACCUGUUUCCUGGGGAGUUUUUGCAUAUGUCCAAAACACUUUACUGGCAGACACUGUGAACGUGAUAAACGGAUCAGUAGCUGCGGUGCCAUUGGCCAUGGAGAAUGGACCCAGGAAGGAUAUUUGUUCUGCCAAUGUGUUUAUGGGAUUCUGCACUGUUUCCCUCAAAACCAGGAAGAUGGUUGUGGUCCUACAAAGAAAAACAUACCUGCUUGGAUUCAUCUUGGAAUGAGUUCUGAAGGACCAAAACUUCAACAGACAACAGACAUCCUUAUAGUUUCAUUACUGUUUCCUCUGCUUUGUCAGCUCCUCUAA